AGCCCUAACUUCCGCCGGAAGUGCCUUCCAGCCGCAAGCGCCCUUCUGCUGCGCGCUCGGGCUCCUGGUCCCCGUUCCCUGGUUCCCGGGGCGCAAGUAUGACUACAAUGGUGGCAGCCACCCUGCUGCGCGCGACUCCCCACUUCAGCGGUCUCGCCGCCGGCCGGACCUUCCUGCUGCAGGGUCUGUUGCGGCCGCUGAAAGCCCCGGCAUUGCCUCUCUUGUGCCGCGGCCUGGCCGUGGAGGCCAAGAAGACUUACGUGCGCGACAAGCCACAUGUGAAUGUGGGUACCAUCGGCCAUGUGGACCACGGCAAGACCACGCUGACUGCAGCCAUCACGAAGAUUCUAGCUGAGGGAGGUGGGGCUAAGUUCAAGAAGUACGAGGAGAUUGACAAUGCCCCGGAGGAGCGAGCUCGGGGUAUCACCAUCAAUGCGGCUCAUGUGGAGUAUAGCACUGCCGCCCGCCACUACGCCCACACAGACUGUCCGGGUCAUGCAGAUUAUGUUAAGAAUAUGAUCACAGGCACUGCACCCCUCGACGGCUGCAUCCUGGUGGUAGCAGCCAAUGACGGCCCCAUGCCCCAGACCCGAGAGCACUUAUUACUGGCCAGACAGAUUGGGGUGGAGCAUGUGGUGGUGUAUGUGAACAAGGCUGACGCUGUCCAGGACUCUGAGAUGGUGGAGCUGGUGGAGCUGGAGAUCCGGGAGCUGCUCACUGAGUUUGGCUAUAAAGGGGAGGAGACCCCAGUCAUCGUAGGCUCUGCUCUCUGUGCCCUUGAGGGUCGGGACCCUGAGUUAGGCCUGAAGUCUGUGCAGAAGCUACUGGAUGCUGUGGACACUUACAUCCCAGUGCCUGCCCGGGACCUAGAGAAGCCUUUCCUGCUGCCUGUAGAGGCAGUGUACUCUGUCCCUGGCCGUGGCACCGUGGUGACAGGUACACUAGAGCGUGGCAUUUUAAAGAAGGGAGACGAGUGUGAGCUCCUAGGACAUAGCAAGAACAUCCGCACUGUGGUGACAGGCAUUGAGAUGUUCCACAAGAGCCUGGAGAGGGCCGAGGCCGGAGAUAACCUCGGGGCCCUGGUCCGAGGCUUGAAGCGGGAGGACUUGCGGCGGGGCCUGGUCAUGGUCAAGCCGGGUUCCAUCAAGCCCCACCAGAAGGUGGAGGCCCAGGUUUACAUCCUCAGCAAGGAGGAAGGUGGCCGCCACAAGCCUUUUGUGUCCCACUUCAUGCCUGUCAUGUUCUCCCUGACUUGGGACAUGGCCUGUCGGAUUAUCCUGCCCCCAGAGAAGGAGCUUGCCAUGCCCGGGGAGGACCUGAAGUUCAACCUAAUCUUGCGGCAGCCAAUGAUCUUAGAGAAAGGCCAGCGUUUCACCCUGCGAGAUGGCAACCGGACUAUUGGUACCGGUCUAGUCACCGACACACUGGCCAUGACUGAGGAGGAGAAAAACAUCAAGUGGGGUUGAGUGUGCAGACCUCUGCCCAGCUUCCCUUGCGUUUAAGGCCUGCCCUAGCCAGGGCUCCCUCCUGCUUCCAGUGCCCCCUCAUGGCAUAGGCUGCAACCCAGCAGAGGGCAGUUAGAUGGACAUUUCCCCUGCUCGGAAGGGUUGGCCUGCCUGGCUGGGGAGGUCAGUAAACUUUGAAUAGUAAGCCA